GUCCAACAAAAUAGUGCAGAAAAUUAGGGCUCCAAUAUAAACAGCAACAUAAACCCAUCCCUCGCUUCCGCCCUCCAAAAUCCCCCCCGCCGAUUCAUAAACAGAACCAAACAGCAAGGUGCAGGGAAGGAGAUGGCGACAGUACCCGGGCAGUUGAUAUGGGAGAUGGUGAAGAAGAACAACUCGUUCCUGGUGAAGGAGUUUGGGAAUGGAACGGCCAGCGUGCAGUUCAGCAAGGAGAGUAACAACCUCUACAACCUCAACUCCUACAAGCACUCUGGUUUGGCAAACAAGAAAACAGUUACCAUUCAACCUGAGGGCAAAGAUAGAUCAGUGUUGCUUGCUACAACCAAGACCAAGAAACAGAACAAGCCUGCUGCUUUACUUCACAAGUCCGUGAUGAAAAAGGAGUUCCGCAGGAUGGCAAAUGCAGUGGCCAACCAGGUUGCAAAUAACUACUACAGGCCUGAUCUAAAGAAAGCCGCCCUUGCUAGGUUGAGUGCUGUGCACAGGAGCCUCAAAGUUGCCAAAUCUGGUGUCAAGAAGAGGAACAGGCAGGCUGUGAGAGUUUACGGUAGGAAAUGAGCCAGGGGUUUUCAUAAAUUGUAGUGUGCUUCCUCCGUGGUUUUGAUUCUCCUCAGCAUAAUUUCCUUCUUAUUCUCGAGAUGUUUUUUUUUUUUAAUAGACUGAUACUUUCAUUUUUGGGCAGCUGAAUUCUGAAGUUUACUAGUAAAACGAGUAAAUGAGUUCAUUCCUCGUA